UGUGGCACACCCACAAUCAUUCGAUUAGUUAAAUGGUCCAGAUUUUACGAAAUGUGGCAAAGCCUCGGUUCCGACUUCAUGAUUCAUAAAAAAUUAAUAAUAAUCUUCCGAAACAGCGGUGAGUAGCAAACAAGUCGAGUCUGUGUCUGUGUGUGUGCGCGUCUCUCUCUCUCUCUCUCUCUCUCGUGAUAAAGUCUCAGCAAAGCCUGUGGAGCGAUGGCUUCGGCGGCAGCCGGGCAGAUAAACACCGAAGAGUUACCUUCAUGGGGGUCUCGAAGCGUCGACUGCUUUGAGAAACUCGAGCAAAUUGGCGAAGGCACUUAUGGUCAAGUGUUCAUGGCCAGAGAAACCCGAACUGGGGAAAUUGUUGCUUUGAAAAAGAUACGCAUGGAUAAUGAAAAAGAAGGGUUCCCAAUUACAGCAAUCCGGGAAAUUAAAAUUCUGAAAAAGCUUCAUCAUGAAAAUGUUGUUAAGCUGAAAGAGAUUGUAACUUCUACAGGUCCUGAAGGGGAUGAGCAAGGGAAUCAAGAUGGUAAUAAGUCCAAGGGUGGCAUCUAUAUGGUUUUUGAGUAUAUGGAUCACGAUUUGACAGGCCUUGCUGAUCGUCCUGGACUGAGAUUUACAGUUCCCCAGAUAAAGUGUUAUAUGAAGCAGCUAUUGACUGGGCUACAUUACUGUCAUGUUAAUCAAGUACUUCAUCGUGACAUCAAAGGUUCUAAUCUUUUGAUAGAUAAUGAGGGGAAGUUGAAGCUAGCAGACUUUGGGCUUGCAAGGUCCUUUUGUAGUAACCAUGAGGGAAAUCUUACAAAUCGUGUCAUUACUUUGUGGUAUAGGCCCCCAGAGUUGCUGCUUGGAGCCACAAAGUAUGGUCCAGCUGUUGACAUUUGGUCUGUUGGUUGCAUCUUUGCUGAACUUCUGCAUGGAAAACCAAUAUUGCAAGGAAGAAGUGAACCUGACCAACUGAACAAAAUAUUUGAGCUCUGUGGAUCGCCUGAUGAGAUCAACUGGCCUGAUGUGUCAAAAAGUCCUUGGUAUAAUAACUUCAAGCCAACAAGGACCAUGAAAAGACGAGUUGGGGAAAUUUUCAGACAUUUUGACUCCCAUGCUUUGGAUCUAUUGGACCACUUGUUAGCUCUUGAUCCAAAUCAGAGAUGGACUGCGAAGCAAGCACUGGAUGCAGAGUAUUUCUGGGCUGACCCUUUACCCUGUGAUCCGAAGAGCCUACCUAAGUAUGAAUCAUCACACGAAUUCCAAACAAAGAAAAAGAAGCAGCAGCGGCGGCAAACUGAAGAAAUAACAAAGGGAUCAAAGUCACAGCAUUAUCAUAAGCAUUAUCGCCUGCCUCCCAUUCAACAUACAGGGCAAGCUCCUCCACAGUGGUACGGGCCCAAUCAUCCAAUAAACGAUUCUCAGCCCCCAUUAUCAGCUGGACCAAGUCACCACCACUAUGGAAAACCGAACGGUCCUCCUGGAGGUCCAAGCAGGUACCCUCCUGGAAACCAGGGUGGACCUUACCACCUAAAUCGCGGAGGUCAAGUUGGAGGUUACAGUGGUGGACCAUAUCCACCCCAAGGACGAGCUCCACCAUAUGCUGGGAGUGGCAUGGCGGCCCCUAGCUCUAGAGGAGCCCCUGGUGGUUAUGGAGUUGGUCCUCCCAACUACUCCCAGACUAAUCAAUAUGGAAUUCCUGCUGCUGGUAGGGGUGUUAAUAUCCGAAAUCAACAGUAUGGUCGGCAGUAGUGACAGUGGACACUAUGGCUCUGUAUUAGGACAUUAUAUGUCGCAACAGAGAUGGUUACGGGAUUGGAGUUGUGUUAGGCUAACUGGUAGAGUUAAAAUUUCACAUAAAGAAAAUCUGCCGUUGUACAUUCUUCUGGGAGGCAUUUUUGUUCCCUCAUUUACCUCCAACAGUUUUCAUGAAAUGUUAAACCGAACUGUAGAGCCUAACCAUGCCAGCAGGGUUGUGCUUUUAGGAACCCAAUCUGCUGGUUUCAACUAGUUUAUGCCUGUAGAUAACCAUGCUGCUUUUGUAAGAGUCGAAGUUAUCAGAUGCUCCAUUUUCUUUGUUUUUCUUGGUUAUUGUUUCAUUCAUUGUAUAAACACUCCUUGUUUUCCGAUGUUUUAUUGCA